CAGUCUUGUUAGCGACUUCAAACGAGUCACAACUAUCUGCAGGAAUAUUUGUUUGUUCAUUUUUUAAUAACAAUAAAUUAAUUAUAUUAUUUGAAAAAAAAAAAAAAAAAGAAUUUAAUUUAUCACUCAAAUAAUAUUAUAUAUUUUAAUAUUAACAAUAAAAAUAAUUUAAAAAAUAUUAUCAACAAUAAAAUAAUUAAAAAUGAAUAAUAAAUAUUCAGCAAAAUUUAAUAUUGAUUAUACAAAAUUUAAAACAACAACAUCAAAACGUCGAAGGCCAUCAGCCACACGAGAAUUGACAAAAAUAUCAUAUUCAAUGCCACAUAAUGUAAUUUCAUUAGCCGAAGGAAUGCCAAAUGAGGAAACUUUUCCAAUCACUGAAAUAACUGUUAAAUUAACUGGUGGUGCAAGUUUUGUACUUGAGGGUGAUGAACUUGGUGCAGCUCUACAAUAUAUUCCAAGUCAAGGUUAUCCACCACUUUUACAGGCAAUGAGGGAAUAUCAAAAACGAGUACAUAAUCCACCAACUUGGGACAACAGAGAAAUAAUUGUCGUAUCAGGAAGUCAAGAUGGUUUGAGUAAAGCACUUGAAGCAAUAAUUGCACCUGGUGAUCCAAUUCUCGUUCAAGAUCCUGUCUAUCCUGGUGUCACAAUUGUUUUAGCUCCUCAUCAAGCUGAAAUAAUACCAGUACCACAAGACAAACUGGGAAUAGUACCAGAUAAACUUCGUCAGAUACUUGAGAAACGUGAUAUUGAAGGAAAAAAAAUGCCAAAACUUUUGUAUAUUAAUGCAACUGGAGCAAACCCAACUGGAUCACUUAUGCCAACAGAUAGACGAAGAAAAAUUUAUCAAAUUGCAUGUGAUUAUGAUUUUCUUAUACUCGAUGAUGAUCCUUAUCAUUUUAUGUAUUUUACUCAGGAAGAACCAACGAGUUUUUUAACUUUAGACACAGAAGGCAGAGUUAUUCGAUUAGAUUCAUUUUCAAAAGUACUUAGUAGUGGUUUGAGAAUUGGAUUAGUCACAGCUGCAGCCCCCCUCAUUGCCAGUAUGGAACUUCACAUACAAAGCAGUCAUUUACAUGCAACAACAUUGUCACAGGUUAUACUCUACAAAUGUCUGAAAAUAUGGGGCUACAACGGCAUGAUGGAACACUAUCGCUUCAUCAGAUCAUUUUACAAAGAAAGACGUGAUCGAAUGUCUGAAAUUGCUACAAAAUAUUUGAAAGAUCUUGCUGAUUUUGAAAAACCAGAAGCUGGAAUGUUUUUAUGGAUCAAAGUCAGAGGAAUCAAGGACACCUGGAACAUGCUGAUGAAACGGGGAAUCAAACAUGGAAUACUGAUGACACCUGGGGCAGCAUUUUUAAUUGAUUCAUCAAUGUCAUCAAAUGCCAUACGAGCUAGCUUUUCUCGUAUCAAUUAUGAAGAAAUGGAAUUGGCAAUGAAAAGAUUGGCUAAAUUGAUACAAGAUGAAUUGUCGUAUGAAAAUUUGCUUGCCAUUGAUAAUACCUAAUAUUGAAUUAUAAAAUUUGUAAUUUAUGAUACUUGGUAUUCGUAUGACGUGAAUGUUGAGUCUCCAAAUGUUUUUCAGACUUCAAUGAAUCAUACAUCAAAUGCGUUGGCAAAAAAAUCAAAAUCAUUUUUUAAAAAUAGAUAAUAAGGCGCAAGAAAGAGAUAUAUUUAUAUUUACGUAUUAUUUAAUUUUAAGAAAAAUAUAUUUAUGUUAAUGUGAUGUGUUUUAUCUAGUUUUACAUGAAAUAAUUAAUUACAAUUUUUUUUUUAUAAAAAAAUAAUGAAUGAAUAAUUUGUAUUCAACAAAAUAAAUUAAAUUUAAUAAAUCUGUUGUAACGAGAAUAAAUUGUUAGAUGACUUUUUUUAUUUUUAAUGUAUGAAUAAUUGUGGAGAAUUAAAAAAAGCUCAAAGCUUUAGGUGGAUUUAUUUUCAACGAGAAAAAAAUUGUUUUAAUUAAUAAAAAAAAAACAAAAAAAAAC